ACUGAGGACUAUGGGUACUUUUUGGUGAGAAAUGUCCAUAUUGAGAUGUUUCAGGACUUUAAGCUAUCACACUUGGAGCUCUUCAACACUCAGACAGGGGAAUGUAGGGAAGUGUCUCAUUAUCUCUACAUGAGCUGGCCAGAUUUUGGUGUUCCGAAGUCGGCGUCAGCCAUGUUGGAUUUCCAGGCACACGUGAAACGGAGACAAGAGUCCUCAUUACGAACACUGUAUCCUGAUUGGACGGGCCCCCCAGGAGGCCCCCCAGUGGUGGUGCACUGCAGUGCAGGCAUCGGCAGAACAGGCACGUUUUGUACUUUAGACAUUUGUCUCUCCCGUCUGGAGGACAUUGGGACAGUGGACAUUAAGCAGACGGUGCGUCGCAUGCGGACGCAGCGUGCCUUCAGCAUCCAAACCUGGGACCAGUACUACUUCUGCUACAAAGCAGUGAUCGAGUACGCCCAACAGAGCGGCCUGCUGCAGCCCGUGGAGUGGUCCGACACAGAGCUGGAGACCGACAGCGAGUGAAUCAGGAAAAACAGAACUCACACGAGAGGGCGCAAGAGGCACAGAAGGAAAAGAAGUGGUCUUUUCCCCUCUCCGGGCUACAGGUAGAAUCCACUGCCACCUCUUUUCUUCCCAGGAAGAUGCGGGGAGAAAGAAACGAGGAGCGGAGGAUGCUUUUAUCCUGCCACUUUUCAAGCCCUUCUUUUUUACUCUGAUCUGAACGAGAUCAGAGACUGUGGCUUGGUGUACGAGUUGUAGCAUUUUUUUUUUUAUACAUCUAAAUAUAAGUACUGACUUGCACAUGUGGAAUGACAAACUUGAAAAAUCCAGUUUAUCGUAUUACCUGCUCUUUUUUUGCUCAAAGUGUUGUUGAAAUUCAAUAUCACUCAACUUGGGGUUAAAUUCACACUUUUUAUCAAAGUGUAAGAACAUAAAACUUGAAUAUUCUUUUUUUUUCUCUCUCUCUCUUCUCCGUCACAUUUAAAUAGCAAUUUUAUUUGUCUGAACAGAUUCCAACAGUUUUCUUUGCUUUUUUAUUAUUUGUGUUCUUCACCGUUAAACUAAUCUUCAAGCCAAAGGUAUGGUGUCGAAUGCUUGGAUGUAUCCGUAAUGAUCGUUGUGACUUAAACCCUUGUAUAUCUUGUAACAUACAUCUAUAUAUUGUGCAUAACAACCUUUGAAAAGCCUUGUUUUAAUAUAAUACUCUUAACUCUCUUCAGAAUUAUGUGUAUCUAUAUACACAUCUCUCUCUAUCUAUCUAUAAAAAUAUAUAAGAAUAUAUGUUGGGUAAAAACAAAAGGAAAAGAGGAACACAACUAUGUUAUAUAUGGUAUCCUGGUGACUGUUCUGGAGGUCCUGCAGUUUUCAUUUUUUAACUUACCGUAGUCCAUGAUUAUCCAGCCUUAAUGCAGGGCAUCUAUCAUUUAUAGAGCGUCUCAACUGUUGAUUCUCUCUGAAUUCUGGCCCUUAACCUUCAAUCACUGCCUUGCUCCCUCUAAAGUAUGAACUUUGACUCAGCUGUUUUUAUUUUUAUUUUUUAUUUCUACCUAAAAAACAAGAAACAAUGAGCCCCAAGUUGAAGUAUCCUGAGCCGCACGGAGACUAAUUCUGUUACCACGAUUAUCUAAAGUGUUCCGUUCUGAUGUGAAGUGUUGUGGAGUCAUUUGUUACGAGUGAGCUGGGGUCUUCAGCUGUGCGGUGUGUAGUCCUGGGGUCAAAAAGCCUCAGUUUUUGUGCCUUCAAGUUUUCCGUAGCGCAAUGUAGUUUUAGGCAACGAUUAGAACAACUGUUCUCACAUGCAUAUAGGGAAUUUAUUUUUAAUCUCAGGGGUAUACUUGGUGUUUUCCUGCUCUCAAAAAUGUCAUUUGCCUCUCUGGCAAUUAUUUCCAAAAAACACAAACAAACAAACAAAAAAAUAAGUAUAUACAUUUUAUUUUGAAUUUUAUACAGCGUCAUGUAUUAUAUUCUGUUUUUAUUUAUGCCUUUGUAGAACUUCAGCAGUAUUGAAAUUUGAAUGUUGGUACGAAAUAAUGAACAGUCAUUCUAUUUUAAACGGAUAAGCUAAAGAAAUCAAACCGUAAAACAAAAGACUGAUCAGUUUUUUUUUUUUUUUUUUUUUUUUUUUUUUAAGAAUUAUGUUACUCAGCAUUGUGUUUUGGGAGAAAAACACUCAUUUAUUUUUCCAGAUGCCUGUAGCAGAACAUUUUUCAUAUUCUGUGAACUGUUAAAGGGCCAAGACUGAAACAGACACGUGACCCAUUAGCACGGCUGCCACUAACAGUUUUUAACUAUUUGCCAAUCAACAAGACAAAGAGGUUUUACAUGUAAGAAAACCAAAAAACAAGAAGAAGAAGAAGAAAAAAAACAGGAUAUGAACUUGAAUGUUAUGAUUAGAUAAAAACCACGUUGUCUUUGGGAGAACUUUGGAAUGCUUUCUCCUUGAAUAUCAAUGCUUGUAUGAUGACACAUGGUAGUGAAUGUGUGAAACGUCCCUCUCAUCUAAUGUUUACUCGUUGACUGACUCGUCCAAUGCAGGUGUGCAGAACAUGCUUGACUGUUUUAUACAGCUGAUUCCUGCUUGAAUGAGACUAAGUGGAAGACACAUUUGUCUCUGAUUUAUUAAAGCAGUCGGGAAUGCAA